AUGGGUAUGUCAUGGUCUUUGAUACUUUUCAGCAGCUUGACGAAGAUCAUAAAUGCUAAGUAUUUGCUAAAGAUAAGACAUGUUGUCAGAAUAUUCAUUAACUCCGUAAACAUAUGCAUUGGUUUUCUAAUCAUCUCAUUUGCUUGUACUUUCCACGAGUAUGAAGUAUCCUUCUGGAUGUCACUUUUAUCAUCAAUUAUUCUUGGAGUUGGUAGUGCUCUAGGAGAAAGCACUACAUUAGGAUUUUGUAAAGGAUUCCCUAGUUCAGUAGUGGGGUAUUUCGGUUCAGGUACCGGAUUUGCAGGUGUGUUCGGCUCAGGAAUAAUUUUAAUUCUUAAGGGUGCUGGCUUAAACAAUGGGCAGAUAUUCUUUAUAAUCACACCUACAGUCAUUCCUUACUUCCUGGCAUUUUGGUGGAUCUAUAGAAUGAAAGAAUAGCACCAGUACAUUCCAGAAGACAAGAACAUCAUUUCAUAAUCGGUCUUAAGUGAGGACAUGGAGACCGAUGAGAGAAAUAAUAAUUAUAAUCUAGUUAAUGGAGCACCAUCAGAGACGAUGACAUUAGAUAGGGUAAGAACCCCAAAGCUAGAUGAAGCUCAUAACAAUCAAACAUUAAAUUGGGAAGAGCUAAAAAAGAUCUUUUUCAAGGUGGGAUUCUUCCAGAUAAACCUAAUGUCAGUAUACUUUUUGGAGUAUAUGUGUAUUACUUGCUUCUCUGACAGAAUCACACAUAAGUUAAAAACCAAAUAUCCUGACAGAGCGGACGAAUAUGUCUUCUAAAAUGGAUACAUCAUUCUAUCAUUUUGUUAUCAAAUUGGUGUGUUUAUCUCUAGAAGCAGUCUUUCUGUGAUUAAGGUGCCCAGAGUUGAAAUUAUGACCACUCUUUAGUUAAUUAACUUUGUCUUUUGGCUAUUCAACACAAUAUUCCUGUUUCUUGACAAUUUCUAUGCAAUGUUUGUAAUAAUGGUCUGGGUAGGACUAAUGGGAGGUGCCUCCUAUGUCAAUGUUAUGUAUUAGAUCCUGGAGUCUCCGAACCUUUAGAGAAAUGAAAAAGAGUUGGCACUGACUUUGACUACAGUUUGCAAUGACAUAGGUAUUCUGAUAGCCUCACUAUUAUCUUUACUACUUGAUAAUACCGCAUUCAAGGAUGUUUGA